GUUUGGAUCAGUGGGGUAAUUCCUGAAGCUCCAGUUGUAGCAGGGGUCGAACUACUGGUGACAUCGGUACAGCCCAUCUGUCUUGCUGUGGACUCUCAGUCUGUUUUGGUCCCUGUGUCGCUGUGCAGUCCGGAUGCUCUUUCCCGUGUGGUGGACUUGUGUUGUGGCAUGGGUGGAUUUUCCUCUACUGCCAGUCGUCUUGGAUUUAGUGUGCAGGCUGGGGUUGAUCAGAAUGGCAUUUGGCAGUCCCUUUUUGGCACUUUGCAUCCUGGGGCAACGUUUGUCUGUGGUGACCUUGCGGACCCCUCGGUUGUCCAAAAGUUGAUGCAGCAGGAUCUUUUUCAUGCCGUUGUCUGUGCUGGAAUUGCCUGUCAGCCCCAUUCGGUUUUGGGGGAUCGUCGAGGCAUGGAGGAUCCCAGGUCUGCCUCCCUACCCAAGUCGCUCUUGAUUGGUUGGCUUCUCCAAUCGGCUGCACUGAUCCUCGAGUGUACUCCUGAGAUCUUGAGAGACGCUGCUGCUCAGGAGAUCAUUCGCCAAUUUGCAGUGGACACUGGAUUUCGUGUCAGCCAGGCCAUUGUCAAGCUUGGGAAUGUCUGGUGCACUCGACGUGAUCGUUGGAUUGCUGUGCUUACUGCCCCGGUUGUGUCUCCUUGUGAGUUGCUUGACCUCCCCAUGGACUCCGACAUUAGGGUUGUUGCUGACUUGAUCCCUGAGUUCCAGCUUUGGCAUCAGUAUGACCAGAACCAGCUGGUGCUGAACUUGUAUGAACUGUCGAAGUACUACCAGUUUGCAGCUGGGGGCAUGGAAGCGAUUUGGUUGAAACCACAUGAGAAGCUGCCGACCUUGUUGCAUAGUGCUGGCAAUCAACUGUACACGUGUGCAUGUGGUUGCAGAGCUGCCUUGAGUGACAAGCGCCUGAGCCAACGAGGCCUGAUCGGCACUUUGCUGAAGUUGGGCACGUCACAGGUACACAUGCAUGUUUGCAUGGAGCAUGCACGAUACCUCCACCCCAUUGAAAUGUGGGCACUCAUGGGAGGCAUGCCAAACAUAUCCAUGGGCCACAAUUUGCGCCUUGCCAUGUCUGGAGUUGGUCAAGCAGUGGCACCCAUCAUGGGGCUUUGGAUUUUUGCCCAAGUGAAACGAUGCUUGGACUUGACGCCUGAAUUGCCAAACCCAUGUGAACCUUCGAAAGUCUUGCAAACCUACAUGCAUGAGGUUGUAGCGUGCUGCUGCACCAUGUGGCCCCUGCCAGUUGCUCCCACGGCUGUGGAACCUACUGAUGUUGACGACCCCAUUGAAGAUGCAAGCAUGACAUGUGUUGUCACCCGUCCGUUGACUGAUGAACCUGAUGUUGCAACUGGCCUGUCCCCCGGUACCACUGGGUCCCAGUUGUUGCAAGCUGAGGCCAAUCUUGGGCUUUUGGUCGAUGACUGUUUGGUUCGCAUUGAUGGACUUGCGGUUGAUCCGAACCUGCCUAUUCCAGGUGGUUCACUUGUUGCCAUUGUCCCUGCCAGUUGGACUCCUGACCAGUUGAGGGCGCAGCCUCACCUGCCUUGUUGCCUUGACUCUGCUGAGCAGGACUUAUUGGGGAUGCAGGGACCAGUGUGGGGAGAUGACGAGAUCAUGCAUGGACUUUUGCAAGUUGCAGUUCUCACGGAAUCGGAUCAAAGGGUUCAUGUUUGGGAUCCAUUGCUUGUUACUGGAUUGGUGCAACAUGACCAGCCUGCCACCUGGAAAGAACUUGUCUCUGUGUUGGGUCCUGUUGCCACGGUCAUCUCUGCGGUGCUCCUUGGAAAUCACUGGAUUCCACUGGUUUGGAGGGUUGAUAUGGUGGGGGUUGUUCUGCAUUCUCUCUCGGUGUCCCCGGACUUUGAAUCCACCUUGGACGGAUUGAGUCGAGUUAUUGGACUUGUGCGGGGUGGUGCCCAGGGGGUCUGGAAAGCCCAUAGUAUUGGAUUUCUCCCUGCUGGCCAUUGUGGGGCCUUGUGUUUGAGUUUUGUGCGACACCUUUUGUGGGGACACAACAUGGUCGCUGAUCCACUUGCCCUGGAGGAGUUUGCCCACAAGAUCCGCUUUGAGUUUGGUGAUGGGCUUCCUGAUCCAUGUCAACGUCCACGUCUGGCUGGUCUUGGUCUUUCGUUGUCCAACCGUCUGGCUGUGCUCUUGACUCAGCAUGGUGUCUCUGAAGUUGAAUCUGCACAGCGUGCUUCUGCUGUCCUGAAGGCACUUGGUGAAGAAGGGGUUUCAAGGGCUCUUGAUGCAGCCAAUCCCUGGAGGGAACUCAAAUGGUUGGCCAACCAACUGCGGCCGCCGUAUAUGCUGAUCAAGCCUUCUGAGCUCCAGAUGCAGGUUUCCAAACGCCAGGCUGACAGGCCAAUUGGCCAUAAGAAGCACAAGCAGGCCAAAGGCAAAGGCAAGGGUGUCCCUCCUGGUGCCAGUGUUGACCCAUCCCUUUUGCGGCUUGAACAUGGAAUUUUUCAGAGCGACAAUGGCCAAGGAUUGAGCCAACUUCCAUUGCCCCAAAUUGGGCCAAAUGCUGCCGGGGUUGCUGUGGUGUCAGCAGCUUGUGUCGAGCCCUAUCUUAAAGCACCCAACCCUCUGUCCACUGGUCCAUUGGCUUUCUUUGUGGUUGAUGCUGAGGGCCCUUUGCCUACCUCAUUCCCGGUCACUGCUGAGCGUGUCCCGUUGGUCUGUGCUGCUAAUGGUGAGCCUUUGCUUGUUGAUGGCCUUCUUUUCCAACUUGGUGUAAUCCGGGUUCAAAGGGCUCCAGUUCAGCAGGGAUGUGAAGUUCUUUCCAUUCCAACAUGCGUGGUGAAGGCUAUGGUGUUCCGUGAUGAAACGGGUGAGGAUUGGCAGACUGUUGUUGCUCACCCACUGCAGCACAUCUUUGAGAAGAUCCCGCCAAUGCAAGCGUGUGGGGACCCAGAAUGCCCAGGAUGUGAAGCGUGGCACAAAUCGCCCCAAGCACCUAUGGACUCUCCGGUGCUUGAACUCUGGGGCAAGCAGUGGUUGCGUAUGGACUUUUCUCAUUGCCCACCAGAAAAAGCUGACAUGUUUACGGCCCACAUCCGCCUGCCGGAGCACCUUCAACUCCAGGUGCAGCACUUCUCAGGGCAUAGUGGGGUUUACCUUGAGCCGAAAGCCCUGGAUGGCAGAAAGCCCUCACCUGACUUUCAGGUGGUGUGGAUCCCCAAGUUGGAUGCUUCCCAGUUGUUGCUGCAACGCCAGACCAUCCCCAAUGUGGUGGGCAUGGCAAGACUAGGAGCCAAAGUUGGACUGAGGUGCCGUACUGAGCAUGCUGCUGAAGUCUUUGCAAAGCUGAAGCCGGGCCAUACGUUCCUUCCUCCGGGAAAGAGGCAGACCUUUUUGGUGGGACCUUUUCCAUUUGGAACCCUGCAAGCCUCUGUUGCCAAGGCACUGCAGUCCGCAGGAUGGACGGCCAAACCAGUCCAAGCUGUUCCAGCCAAGUCUCAUGUCCAAGGGCUUAUGUUGACCAUCCAGAAACACGAUCCCUGGGCCAAGGCUGCAAGCAAACUGCCACAGAAGCCCCAAACUUUCCAAAUUGGGAACCCACUGGAAGAUAUGACCCAAAAGGUCGUGGCCGAGGUCCUUGCCCAGCUGCCGAAGCCAGGAAUGGAGGUUGAUGAUGACGUCAAUGUGGAUCGCCGAGUCUCUCAGCUGGAGUCUCAAGUUCAAGACCUGCAGAACCAAGCACAGAGUUUGGCCAAGACUACUUUGCAGAAUGCCCAAGAUACCGCCGCCAACUUCCAAGAUCUCCGUACCCAGGUUCAUCAGCAGGACCAGCAAUUUGAGCAAGCGGUGGCCACCCAGGCUCACACGAUUCAAACGUUCCAAGAUGCCUUCCAAGAGCAGUUCCGACAGCAGGAACACCCUGACCCGGUGGGAUUUGGAUUUCCCCGUAUCCUGGAGGGCUUUCUCUUUUGCUGUCGUUGGCUGGAAUGUUUGCCUUGGGGUCCACUGGGUCCACGGGGUCUCUCGUUGUUUUGCCUCGAGUCGACUGUCUCAGCGUUCAGCACUGGCAGGGGUCAUGUCACUUGGCGACUAGUUGCGCUUGGCCUCGGGGUUACCUUGGUGGUUUGGCCUUUGUCCGAUGUCUUGCAUUGGUGCAGCGUGGUGACAUUGGUGGUUGGUAUGGCGGUCAAUGAGGUUUGGGUAACAGUUGGGAUGCUCUAUGGUUUGCCAGGUAAUGCUGCUCACAAGCAAGCCCGGCAUCAAACAGAUGCCCUCUUAGCUGAAUUGGUCGACCGGGUUGGUGCUCAAGCAACUGGUCCUCGGGUCAUCGGUGGGGACUUUAAUUUUGCACCUGAGGAACUCCAACAGCUGCAAAGGCUCCAUGACUUAGGCUUUCGUGAGGUGCAAGAUCUUAAUGCCUGGCGUUUUGGAAUCUCUGCUCAGGCCACUGGACGAGGUACCAAGAGGAUUGACCAGAUGUGGAUUUCGCCUGAGUUGCAACUUGCCUUUUUGGGUGCCCGGGUUGUCUUUGACUAUUGGGCUGACCAUGUUGAGUUGCGAGCCAAGUUGUGGAAUCAACAUCAUGGGGUCUUUGUGACCAAAGCUCAAUGUGGAAGAGCGGCAGUUUUGGAUUCGAAACCUGUGAGGCAAUCGCAAUGUGCAGUGAAGAAAGCCCGCCAAGGUGACCUUCAGCCUGCCUACAUUGGCACUAGCCUACAACAUGCCCGUUUUUUCCGCCAGCUUCGGAGACUCCAGUCUCUCUGUCGCAUCUUGGUCAAAGGGGUUUCCAGUUUUCAGGGGAAGUGCAACCUUGAUGAUACUUGGCGUGCCAUACGCUGUGCUGCGGGCUUCCCGGGUGGAUUUGGACUUUGGUGGGAUGCUCAUGACUUGAAACCUGCGUUGGGUGGCCCCUUGCCUUUGAUGUGCCCUUCUUUGGACUUUGCCCAGGGCCUCUUUCAGGGUUUUCAGGCGUACGUGCGGGCUUAUGAGCGUGACUUGACCAGUCGCCGAUACCAACAUGCCAAAGCCAGGCGGGAACAUAAUCUUGCUUUUGUCUUUCAGGACUGCAAAGAUGACCCCCUGCCCAAAGCUGAGACCCUUCUUGAUCGGGUUGCCCUCUCUGUUGAAGAAGUCCGUGAAGAGGACCAGUCGGUUGUGCUGGUGCAGCCCUCUCCUUUGUUGGCCGAUGUCCCGGUGGUUAUCCAAGGCCAGGUUGUUGAAGUUGUGGCCCACUCUGAGGAUCAAAUCUGGCUUGAAUCUGUGGCUGGUCUUUCCCCAGGUGAUGUCCUUACUCAAGAACGUCCGGUCACCUCUGAUUUGGACAUUCUGCAACGGUUUGCCGAUGCAUGGGCGCCACGAUGGACUAAGCAAGCCCAUGUUUUGCCUGGUCAAUGGGACCAAAUCUGUGGCUUCUUGGACAAAACCCUCCGCCCUUUGCACUGGGACCAUUUUGAGUGGACUUCUGAUCGGCUGAUGCAGGCCAUUCGCCAUAAGAAACGAUCAGCGGCCAAAGGGCCAGAUGGAGUUUCCCAACCAGACUUAGCUGCACUUCCCGAGGAUGCCUUGCAAGCUGUAGUCAGUAUGUUUGGUGCUGUCGAAUCUGGGUCUUCUUGGCCAGCUCAACUUGCCAAUGGCUUUGUUUCCAGUUUAGCUAAACGACCUGAUGCAGCCAAGGUUGAUGAAUUCCGUCCUGUGGUGGUUUACAGUCUUCUGUACCGGGUUUGGUCUUCGGAGCGUGCCCGUGAAGCCUUGCGAUGCAUAGCCAAAGUCCUGCCCGACAGUGUCCAGGGUGGUGUGCCGGCCCGUCAGGCCAAAGCCAUUUGGUAUGAACUUGCUACAGCCUUGGAGCAGUCGUAUUUCCAUGGCACGAGCCUUCAUGGGCUACUGAUGGAUAUCCAGAAAGCUUUCAACAACAUCCCACACGGGCCUCUUUGGUAUGCGCUUUCGCUGCUACACUUCCCUGAGUCUUCCCUGCGUGCCUGGGCUGGAUUUGUUUCCAAGCAAACUCGCCGUUUUCGGGUUCGUCAGUCGGUUGGGGCUCCGUUGGCAUCUAACUGCGGUCUGCCUGAAGGGUGUGCCUUCUCCGUCUUCGGAAUGGUGGUGGUUGACUGGAUUUUGGAUUUGUGGCUUCAUGCUCAAAAUGUUCCGGUCUGUCUGCGCACCUUCGUCGAUGACUGGGGUCUUCUUUUCCAUGAUGCGAGUGUUUUUGAAAGGGCUUGGACUGCAGUCGAGACUUUUACCGAGCAUCUGGAUUUAGCUCUUGACCUUUCCAAGACCAGGGUUUGGUCCAAUGCUGCAUCGGCCAGGAAGGAGUUUCGGUCCAGUCAGGUUGCAGUCGCCAGGGCGGCACGAAACCUUGGUGCCCAUCAAAACUUUACCAGGCAUUGCCACAAUGCCGAGCUCCAAAAGCGGCUGGUGAAGCUUCCACAAGUUUGGGUGAGGUCAGGGGCUAUGCGGGCACUUAGAGCCGAUCGCAAGGGUGCUAACCCGAUGCUCCAUUUGGUUUCUUCCUCGCCAUUGACCGAUCCAGAGGCUUGGGCAAUUCUUCAAACCCUCCGUGAUGCUCGGGAUUUGGGAAAUGCGUGUCAACUUGAAUCCAUGCUUGGAUUGUUUUCCCAGGGAGGGGAGGGUCUGCCACACAAUGGCCCCACCUCUGUUUUGUUGUCGCGGCUCCACCGCAUUGGCUGGGCAGUGGGAGGUCAAGGUUUGGUUCAGGAUCGGUUUGGCACUUUCAGUGUCUCACAUGUUGCCUGGGAUGAAUUGGUGCUUCGUUUCAAGUUUUCUUGGGGCCGUGUCCUUGCUGAUGAGGUUGCCCACCGACCGACCUUCAAUGGCAUUGAGCAGGUGGACUUGCCAGAACUGUACCGUGCCCUGCACAAGUUUGGUCCCGUGGAUUUGGUCUACCUGCGGUGUCACCUUGACGGUACCCUGUUUACCCAAAAUGGCAGGGCGAAGUUUGAUUCUUCGGUGUCUGCGACUUGUCCAUGGUGCACUGCCAAAGAUGGUUUUCACCACCGUGCCUGGGAAUGUCCCCACUUUGCCCCCUGUCGUCGCCACUUUACAGCUGAGCAACUUGCUGUGGUUGGCUCUCUUCCUUCCUGUCUUGUUGACCAUGGUUGGCCUGUCGUCUUACCUGAAUGGGAGAUCUUUGUUGGGCUUCUGCUUCGGGCUGAUGGAUUUCCACGGGUGUCACCAGUAGUCCCCCCUGUUGCAAGUGAAGUUUCGGUUGACUUGUUUACAGAUGGAUCGGGAGCUUAUCCAAGGGAACCCAAGCUCCGAUUCGCGGCCUGGGCAAUUACAAUGGUGCCUGGAGGAGUCGGAACACUUGACAACAGACUGAUUUUGGCAGGUCAUGUGAAUGGGAUCAUACAAACCCCCUACAGGGCAGAGCUGACGGCAGUGUUGGCAGCUAUCACUUGGGCCUCGCAGAGGCAACAGCGUGUCAGGCUUUGGUGUGACUGCCAAGGAGUAGUUUCAGGGCUCAGGAGAAUCUUGCGCCGUUUGCCGCUCAAGCGCAAUCGGCCGCAUUCGGACCUUUGGAAUCAAUUGAACAGUUUGGUAGGCUCUUUGGAUCCAGGCAUGGUUCAAAUUUUCAAAGUGGUUUCGCAUGGUCAGAUCUCGCAGGCCUCUGGGCCAAUUGAGGAGUGGGCGUAUUGGCAUAAUCAUCUCACUGACCUUGCGGCAGCCGAGGUGAAUCAACGACGCUCACCCGAAUUUUGGGUGGCAUGGGCGGGACUGGCUCAAGCGCUUGCAUUUCACAGGUCUCUUCAUGGUGCAAUUUUGAAACUGCUUUUGAUGACGUCGCGCAUGGCGGCAGCUGAUCAGACAGUGCCCCCGAAGCCGCGGCCUUUACAGGUGGAACCGGCAGUUCAAGUCCCGGUGGUCCCGCAGACAUGGCAGGUGCCGCCGAAAUUCAUCCAGCGCUACGGCCACAUCAACAUGCAACAUCUCCAUGCGUGGUGGAGUCAGACUGGGAGUGCUAUGUUGCAAGGGGACGGACCAUUAGCGUUCAUCUCGGGCAUUCAGAUCUUCAUGGCUUUCAAUCUUCACACUGAAUUUACAGGUCCCUGGUGCCAUAAGAUGCGCUGGUAUGGAACAGAAGACGCAGCUCCCAUUACUGCCCGUAUCCAGUGGGGCGCGCGGUGUCAGUGGUUCUUGCGAAUGUGGAAGUCUUACAUGAAAGCCAAUCAGGUUUUGAUCCCUACUCGUAUGACGAGACCUUGCUCGGCAUCAGUAUCCCGAUGGACAGUCUGCUACCGUAUGAAGUGGAGUCAACGAUUGCUGGAUGGUGUGGACGAAGCUCUGCUCGCCCAAAACGGGCGACAAAUCACGUCCACCAGUGAUGUGAUGGGUCUCA